UUUUCAGUCAAACCCUCGUUGACCCUCUCUCUCCUCUCUCUCUCUCUUUCUCUCUAAAUCCUUUCUCUUUAUAAACUAAAACACAACGUCACUUCUUUAUAUAAUAAACAAAGAACACAUCUCUCUUCUGUAGUAGCAAUGGCUCCAAAACAGGUGAAUGGUUGUAGUAACGCCGCCGCGAAGAUAACGUUGACGACGAGGAAGGAAGUACAUUUCAGAGGUGUGAGGAAGCGUCCGUGGGGAAGAUACGCGGCGGAGAUCCGUGACCCGGGUAAGAAAACACGUGUUUGGCUCGGUACGUUCGACACGGCGGAAGAAGCCGCUAGAGCUUACGACACUGCCGCAAGAGAGUUUCGCGGCUCGAAAGCGAAGACUAAUUUCCCUCUUCCCGGCGAGUCUUCUGCUAGUACUACUAUGGUUAACGACGGAAGAGAAAACGGUUCUUACGUCAACCGUACGGCGGCGCGUGAGAUGACGCGUCAGAGAUUCCCGUUUGCAUGUCAAAGGGAACGUAAAGUCGUCGGCGGUUACGCUGCAGCCGGGUUCUUCUUUGAUCCGUCAAGAGCUGCUGCGUUGAGAGCGGAGCUUUCUCGGGCUUAUCCGGUUCGAUUUGAUCCGGUUAAUAUCGAGUUGAGUAUUGGUAUUCGAGAAACCGUGAAAGUUGAACCGAGAAGAGAACUAAACCUGGAUCUUAACCUAGCUCCACCGGUUGUGGACGUCUAGAUUUUUUUCGUUUUUGUUCGUAAUAUGUUCUUUAACGUUCCCGGAAAAUAAUUAAUGUUUUGAUCUUUUUGUGUUUAGUAGAAAAAAUAGUGUCCUAUAUUUUUGGCUAAGUAAAAAGGACAUGUUUUUAGAAAUCUCUUUUUGUUUUUAGUUUCUCUAUAGACUAUGGGUUCCUCUAAUUAUGUAGAUGUAAUUAUUAAUCAAAUAUCUCCUUCUUCUU